CUCUCUCUCCGCCUUCCGGUGGUUGUAUAAUAGCCUGUCUGCAAAAAGCAGCUUUUGCUACCUCGAGAAUUUAAACAAAUACUUCCUCACGCACGCACAUAAAGACACAGCAAGAGUUACGACCAGCUCUUACAACAGCCAGCUUGCAGUACAGAGAGGAGGCAAUGAGAAGUGGGGUGUGGUUUCCUACACUGGGGCUGGUGGCCUGGCUGUGCUGCCUCAGUCUGGGGCCCGUUCAGGGGGGGAAGGUGCUGGUUCUGCCUGUGGAUGGGAGCCACUGGCUCAGUAUGAAGAUACUUGUGAAGGAGCUCAGAAACAGAGGCCACGAGAUGUUGGUGCUGGUGCCUGAAAGCAGCUUGUUGAUAAAAGGCUCAGAGAGCUACAAGACUGAGAUCUACCAAGUGCCCUAUACCAAUGCUGAGCUGGAUAAAAGCUUCAGUGAACUGAGGGACGGAGUGUUUGUCAAGAACCCAGAAAUCACAGAUCUGUUUGUCAACGUGCAACGGUUAAUUGACUUUACUUCCCUGCAGGUAAAAGGCUGCAAGAGUUUGCUGGACAACCAGUCUCUAAUGAGUCGACUGAGGGAAGAGAAAUUCGACCUUGUGCUUACGGACCCUUUCCUUCCAUGCGGCCCCAUCCUGGCUCACAUCUUUUCCAUUCCAGCUGUUUAUUUCCUGCGAGGACUUCCAUGUGAACUGGAUAUAAAGGCUAACCAGUGCCCCACUCCUCCUUCCUAUGUUCCUGUGUUCUUCUCUGGCAAUACAGACGUCAUGACCUUCCCACAGAGAGUCAAGAACAUGGUCACGUCUUUUGUGGAGUCCUACUUGUGCAAAAUAAUCUAUGCCAAUUUUGAUGAUCUGGCCAUCAGCUAUUUAGGAGACGACAUGACUUACAAGAACCUUAUUAGUCAGGGUGCUUUCUGGCUCCUCAGAUAUGACUUUUCUUUUGAAUGGCCCAAACCAGUCAUGCCAAACAUGGCUUUUAUUGGAGGUAUCAACUGUGCAAAGAAAGCUCCUCUGCCAGCAGACUUGCAGGAGUUUGUGGAUGGCUCAGGAGAAGAUGGAUUUAUUGUCUUCACCCUGGGCUCAAUGGUGGCCACCAUGCCUGAGGAGAAGGCUAAACAGUUCUUUGAUGCCUUUCGGCAAAUGCCUCAAAGGGUUGUGUGGAGAUACACUGGAAAGCCACCCACAGAUGCACCCAAGAAUGUCAGACUUAUGAAAUGGUUACCUCAGAAUGACCUCCUUGCCCAUCCCAAAGCUAAAGUCUUCAUCACUCAUGGAGGCACCCACGGAAUCUACGAGGGGAUCUGUAAUGCUGUACCCAUGUUGAUGUUUCCAUUGUUUGGGGACCAGGGGGACAAUGUGAACCGCAUGACGGCCCGCGGUGUGGCAGAGAAACUGAGUAUUUUUGAUGUGACGACUGAACAGCUAUUGGCUGCACUGAAUAAAAUCAUCCAUGACAAAAGUUACAAAGAGAAGAUAGUGAAGCUGUCUCAGAUACACCUGGACCGUCCUGUUCAGCCUUUGGACUUGGCUGUUUUCUGGACUGAGUUCGUCAUGAGACACAAAGGAGCCGCACACCUCAGGGUAGCUGCACACGACUUAAACUGGAUUCAGUACCACUGCCUGGAUGUGAUCGGCUUUCUUGCCUUCAUUCUCCUAACUGUUCUGUGGGUGAUGCUAAAAUGCUGCUUGUUUUGUACUCGCAAGUGUUUGAAGAAGGGGACUGCAAAGAAAAAGAAGGAGUAGGCUUUCUAAUGCAGCAUUCAUUAAGUUUACCAAUUCUGUAAUGAAGUGCAUAAUGUAUUUUGAAGGACUGCAAUCAGGUUUUAAAACGGUUUACAGUAUAUGUUAUUACAUAUGUUUGUGUGUUUAAUACAUUUGUGACAUGAUGCUGGCAGUGUUUAAUUGAAGCCAUCCUCUGUUAAGCAAAAAAUCAAAUAAAGUUUGCUUUUUAGCUUAAUGGAA